AGCAAGAUGGGGUGUAAUGCAUCGAAGAGCAAUGUUAAGCAAAAUAAAAAAAAGCAAAAUAACAGCAAAGCACAACAUAUGGACAAGAAACCUGCAAACCAAAAGAAAGGAAACCAAGGACCUGCUUCUGAAGCUGUAGAUAAUCAAGCUCCUAUAAAGAAGGAGGCUAUGGACCUAGAUACACUAUCAACUCUGAUCGAAAAGCAUUUGAACAAUAAUCAGCAGACUCAUUUUAAAUUAAAGAAAAAGCUCGACCUUCGUAUGAACAAUAUCGAUGACAUGAAGUUUAUUGAUGAAUUCUUAACUAACAAAGAAUACUCGGAAUAUGCACUCCCUGAUAUCAAUGAGCUUUGGCUUGAAGGGAUCAAGCCAGAUAAUAAACAAAAAAUCAAGAAAUUCAUGAACAACCAUUUUCCAAACAGUGUAAAGAAAUUUAUAAUGGGAGUAUCCCCUCAAGUUGACCAUAUCAGAUUAAAUUCGUUUAUUGGAGAAAUUGAGAACAUAGGUUCUCAUGUCUCCAACUCAGUUGCUUUCCAUAAAUUCUUUAUAUCAAAAGAAUCCUUCGAGAAAACUAUCAAUUCCUUCUCUCAAACAAAAGAAAUUGAGUUUGAUGAAUGCAAUAUCACAUCUGUUGGAUCCCAAUUUGAUAACAAAGCUAAUUUCAAAACUCAGCACCUUAAGUUUUCUAAUACUGGGACUUCUAAGCUAAGCGGUUGGGCCGAUAAUGAAGAAGAGUUUAGCUCGAUAGUAUCAGCAAUUGCGAAUUCAAGUUUAAAGGACUCACUCACUAAAUUCACAUCAAUAUUCAACCAAUUUGAUCUGCAUUUAAUCAACAAGUAUUUUGCAAAGGAAAAUAUGUCUGAUGUGAACAUCAUUCAUGAUGACGAAGAGUCGAGUGAUUACAGCUAUGAAGGAAACUCCCUUUCUAAUUCAGAAGAAUCAGAUGAAGAGCAAGCUGCCUCAGAAGAAUCCUCAGAAGAAUCCUCAGAAAAGGGAGAUUAAUAAUUACUCGUAGUUCUUGAU